AUGCCGCGCGCCCUCAUGGCGUCAACCGAGCAUCGGGCCUCGUCUCCCGCGGGAGGGCCGCCAGGGCCGAAGGCACGGGCACCCCCGCCGAAGGCUUCGUCGUCGUCUCCCCCGCCAUCCCCGCCGAAGGCUUCCUCGUCGUCUCCUCCUCCGCCGACACCGUCGCCGCCUCAGCACUCGCCGCCGCCGCCACCGUCGAAGCAGUCCCCGCCUCCUCCUGCACCAGCGACUCCGCCGGAGAAGUCGCCGACGGCGUCCCCGCCUCCUCCGGCCUCGCCGCCGCCAGCAAGCAAGUCCCCUCCUCCUCCUCCUUCCCCGUCGACGCCGCCCCCGUCGCCACCUCCGCGUUCCUCGCCGCCGCCGCCCGCGUCAUCAUCGACGCCACCAUCGUCGACGUCGCAGCAAUCGCCUCCGGGACCGGAAUCGGCCAAGCCACCGCCACCCUCGUCGUCAGAGAAACCCGCCGCGACGGCCUCACCUCCCCCAAAUGCGACGUCAAGCUCCGGAUCAAAAUCAGAGCCGCCACCGCGCGAGACACCAUCGACGCCCCCGGACACCACCGCCGGUCGGCAGCCACCUCCGGCGCCGGGGACACCGUCCUCGCCCACGCAAAUGCUGCCUCCUCCGAUGGCGGUGACGGUGAUCAUGCCGGGUGCCUCUGGCCCACCUGCAGGCGGCAGGUGGAGGGGCCCGCCUGGCCCCGCCGCUACCGCCCCUCCACUGAGUCCCCCCGCGGGUGGCCGUUCGGGCAGCAGCAACAUGAAGAACGAGGCGAUCAUCAUUGGGAUCUCCGUUGCCGGGCUCCUCCUGGCGCUGGUCUCGCUGUUGAUAAUGGUGUGCGUCAACAGCAACCACGGGAAGAGGAAGCGGCACUCGCAACCGUCGCCGUCGCGCAGGCACAACAUCGUCGUGCCGGAACCCGUGGCUUCUCUCUCGCCGGACGUGUACCAGGCGUCGAACGGCGGUCCCCCCGCGCCGUCGCCGAGCGGGACGAACUCGUACGACCUGUGGGGGAGCAUGUCGUGGUUCACGUACGACGAGCUGGUGGGCAUCACGGGCGGGUUCUCGGCGGGGAACGUGAUCGGCGAGGGCGGGUUCGGGAAGGUGUACAUUGGCGCGCUGGGCGACGGGCGGCGCGUGGCGGUGAAGCAGCUCAAGGUGGGCAGCGGCCAGGGGGAGAAGGAGUUCCGCGCGGAGGUGGACAUCAUCAGCCGCAUCCACCACCGCCACCUCGUCACGCUCGUCGGCUACUGCGUCACCGAGAACCACCGCCUCCUCGUCUACGAGUUCGUGGCAAACAACACGCUCGAGCAUCACCUGCACGGAAAAGGGCUACCCGUGAUGGAUUGGUCGAAACGGAUGAAGAUUGCGAUCGGAGCGGCGCGUGGGUUGACGUACCUCCACGAAGACUGCCAUCCUAGGAUCAUACACAGGGACAUCAAGUCGGCCAACAUUCUCCUGGACGACGCCUUCGAGGCCAAGGUUGCAGAUUUCGGCCUUGCUAAACUGACAAACGACUCGCUGACUCAUAUCUCGACGCGCGUGAUGGGCACGUUCGGGUACAUGGCGCCCGAGUACGCACAAAGCGGGAAGCUGACCGACAGAUCCGACGUGUUCUCCUUCGGGGUGGUGCUCCUGGAGCUCAUCACCGGGCGGAAGCCCGUCGACGCAUCUCAACCGCUGGGAGAAGAGAGCCUGGUUGAAUGGGCUCGGCUUCUCCUUGUGGACGCCUUGGAGACGGACGACUUCCGAGAGGUCGCCGACCCUGCGCUGGAGUGCAGGUUCUCCAAGACCGAGAUGCGGAGGAUGGUGGAGGCGGCCGCCGCCUGCGUGCGCCACUCCGCCGCCAAGAGACCCAGGAUGGUGCAGGUGUGGCGAUCGCUGGACGUGGACGAGUGCUCGUCGGACCUGACCAACGGCGUGAAGCUCGGGCAGAGCAUGGCGUACGACUCAGGCCGGUACUCGGUGGACAUCGAGCUGUUCCGGCGAAUGGCGUUCGCCAACGACCUCUCCACCGCCGAGUUGGGCGUCUUGGACGAGGAUGACCAACACAGCAGCAAAGCCGGUUCCAGCUCCAGGCGGCACAAGUAA